GUUUGGCUUCGGGAACGGCGAGGCGGCAAAGUCACCGGGAAGCUGACAUUGAUUAGCGAGCAGCGGUCGCGUUGGCCUCGGCACCACCAGAUGGUCGCCGGUUCGACUUCCCUUCCAGCUCUCAAUGUCGCCUCAUCCUUCAGCACUAACGAGCCUACAUGGCGUUACCGCGCAUCACGCGAUGAAGCGAGAGGAAUCGAGGCAAGGCGGCACCGAGGCAGCGCGGCGUCCGAAGGGUUAAGGCGCGAACUGCAAAGUUAAGGAGGAGCACAUGGCUGCCAGUUGACUUCACUCUGACCUGCCAUCGAUCGGCCCUCGGCCAGUUAGCCGGGGCCGCUGCGGUCGGAGUUAGGCCGUACAAAAGACACAUAGCACACAAAGUCAGCGAGCAUCUCCGGUCUUGGCGGUGCAUGCGUGCAGUUUAUCGGCCAUCCUGGCGGCGGCUGGCGGUUUACAAGCAGAGCGACGGAGCUUUCACCACCAUCCAGUGAGCAGCGUCGCCAUGUCAUCAAGCGACACGGCGGUGAGACUUGUGCGGCAUUAUCGAGGCGGGCAGCCGGACGGAGGCAAACACCGGCCACGCCAUCAAAGGCCGAGUGGCCCCGACUGGAAAAGGUCCCUGCGGCCGCCUUAUCUCCCGCAGCCACUUGGAGGCCGCGCCAGGCUGCAGCCGCUGGCCAAGCUCUGAUGUGAAGACAAGCCAGCUGUGCGCCAAGUGAAAAUGAAGAUUGGAGAUUAGUCGGGGGACCUUCUCUGCCUCUUCUUGCUGUUCAGUGCAUGACAUCAAUCGAUGGUCAGCAUUGGUCAUGGAAAAGCGUAUCCGCUGUUUGGGAUCACCGUCAGGACUACGAUGCGCGUUGUGCUCACACUACUUUGCAGCCGUCAUCAAGUCCCUCGCUCCUAUCCGUAAUUCCCAAGUCGUCAUUCCAGAAGUGUCCCCGCCUCACCCCACCGCGCCCGCUGACUCGGAUACCAUGCUCGUCGACCAGGUGGUCCUGAUGCUGUGCACCCUGUGGCCCGCCAUUGCCCUGCCGCUGGCGCCUGGAAAUAUCGGGAAUGUGUUUGCAAUGAAAGAGGGCGACGGCAGAAUCCUGCAGCGCUCCAAGCGGGGAUGGAUGUGGAAUCAAUUCUUUCUGAUGGAGGAAUACACGGGAAAUGACCAUCAGUACGUCGGCAAGCUGCACUCCAACAUGGACAAAGACGACGGCACCGUCAAGUACGUCCUGACGGGAGACGGCGCCGGCACGCUCUUUCUGAUCGACGAAAAGUCGGGAGACAUCCACGCCACCAAGCGGCUCGACCGCGAGGAGAGAUCCAUGUACACGCUCCACGCCAAAGUCCUGGAUCGCACCACCAACGAAGAGUUGGAACCCGACACCGAGUUCAAUAUCAAGAUCCACGAUAUCAAUGACAACGCGCCCAAGUUUGAGCGGGACAUCUACUUUGCCAGCGUUCCGGAGAUGUCGGAAGUCGGUACGUCUGUGGCCACGGUGACGGCGACGGAUGCCGACGACCAAACGUACGGCAACAGCGCCAAGCUGGUUUACAGCAUUCUGCAGGGACAGCCUUACUUCUCGGUGGAUUCUGAGAACGGCACCAUCAAGACGGCACUACCCGGCAUGGACCGAGAGGUCAAGGAGAAUUACCAGGUGGUGAUCCAGGCUAAGGACAUGGCCGGACAGAUGGGGGGUCUCUCGGGGACCACCACGGUCGGCAUUACCCUCUCCGACGUCAAUGACAGUCCGCCUCGCUUCGCCAACCACUCCUUCCGCAUCACCGCCACGGAAUCCACCGAGAUCGGCGGCGCCGUCGGCCGCAUCAAAGCCGACGACUCCGACGUGGGCCGCAACGCUGAGAUGGAGUACAGCAUGGUGGGGAGCCACGACAAUUUCAACGUCGUCACCGACAAGGCCACCCAAGAGGGCGUCAUCAUCAUCAAAAGGGCGCUUGAUUACGAAAGCAAGCGAGACUACGAGUUUCGAGUCGAGGUGAGGAACACGUACCUGGACGCCAGGUACAUCCAGGGUCUGGAGUUCAAGGACUUCGCCACCGUCAAGGUCACGGUGGAGGAUGUGGACGAGCCCCCCGUUUUCACCCGGAACCCUUACAUCAUCGAGGUGCACGAGGACACGGCCGCUGGCAGUUUUGUGGGCGUGGUGUCUGCCCGGGACCCUGACGCCGAAAACAAGAUGGUCAAAUACUCCAUCGAUCGUCACACCGACCUCGAGAGGCUCUUCAACAUCGAUUCGUCAAAUGGCACCAUUACAACCCGGAAAGCUUUGGACAGAGAAAUGUCCAAAUGGCACAACAUCUCUGUGAUGGCUGCGGAAAUGAACAACCCAAGGCAGGUCGCCCGCGUGCCGGUUUUUAUCAAAGUGCUGGAUGUAAACGACAACGCCCCCGAGUUUGCCAUGGCCUAUGACACGUUUGUCUGCGAGAACGUCGAAGCCGGACAGUUGAUUCAGACGAUCAGUGCUGUGGAUACAGACGAGCCCCUCGUCGGACACAAGUUUGUCUUCAGCAUAAAGGCAGACAAUCCCAACUUCACCAUAAGUGACCAGGAAGAUAACACCGCCAAUAUCCUGACCCGGCGGGGGGGCUUCAGCCGCCGCGAGAUGAGCGUCUAUUUUCUGCCCGUGGUCAUCUCGGACAACGACUACCCCAUCCAGAGCAGCACCAGCACGCUGAUCGUGCGCGUUUGCGCCUGCGACAGCCGCGGCAACAUGCAGUCGUGCAACCCCGAGGUGCUGCCCUUCUCCGACGGGCUCACCACCGGCGCCCUGGUGGCCAUAUUGCUCUGCGUCAUCAUUCUGCUCAUGAUUGUGGUUCUCUUCGCGGCCCUAAAGAGGCAAAGGAAGAAAGAGCCGUUGAUCAUCUCCAAAGAUGACGUCCGCGACAACGUGGUGAGCUACAACGACGAGGGCGGUGGCGAGGAGGACACGCAGGCUUUCGACAUCGGGACGCUACGCAACCCCGAGGUGAUGGAUGCUAACAAGUUACGCCGGGACAUCAUCCCCGAAAUGCUGUUUUCCUUUCGGAGGACAUCACCCAUAAAGGAUAACGCGGACGUCAGAGACUUCAUUAACGGGAGGCUUCAGGAGAACGAUUCCGACCCCACCGCGCCCCCUUAUGACUCGCUGGCCACGUACGCUUACGAAGGCAGCGGCUCGCUGGCGGAAUCGCUCAGUUCGCUGGAGUCGGCCACCACCGAGGGGGACCAGGAGUACGAUUACCUCAGCAGCUGGGGACCGCAGUUCAAGAAAUUGGCAGAAAUGUACAUCGGGAGAAGCCCGGAUCGACAGACCUAGAAAGGCGCCCGACGCAACCGCUUUGUUUGCUAGCAAAGCCAGCCAGACACACUCUCCGUCCUGCUAGCCCGCGAAGCUAGCAAGUCUACCGUCAGCCUACCUAUGUAUCAAGCUAAUUAUCUGUUCAUGUCCGAUAUGCGCUAGCUAGUGCGCUAGUUCGCUAGUUGUCUGUUUUGACUCUCACACGUGCACGUGCUUGCACACACGCGCGUUGAAGGCCAACGGGGAUUAGAACUCGACGGUGACAGUCCAGUUCUCCCGAGUUGUACUGUUUUCGGUCAUAAUAAGUAAAGAUGCCUUUUGAUCUUUAGGACUUUUUUUUUUGUUUGUUUUUUGUUGUUUUUUGUUUUUUUGUGUGAACAUGGUGUGGAAAUGUGUUUUGUAACCGAGCAGAACGAUAGCAGUAUUGUAUACUCUCAAUGUUUAAUGGCACCGGAUUGUGUUUGGGGAGCCCAGUCGUUCCAAGGCAAACUGUACAUGUACAAAAGUGUUUUUAAAACAUUCUAUAUAAUCUUUGCUAUUAUUUGUCUGACGAGCAAUGUCCAUGUGAACGGUUGGUGCGGUUAAUUUGUCAAACUGAAGUCAUUUCAUUCUGUAGGCGUAACAUGUAACCAGAAAGUGUAAGUUGUAGGAAAACACUGGAUUCAUGCUGCUUGAGGGCCGAGUCAUAUUGUUUUAUAUUUAUAUUUUUCUACUUAUUUUUAUAAUAAAAUGACGAAAAAAAAA